GCUGCGAAACCAAUCGCCUCUCGCUCGCACACACGCUCGCUCGUUCGCUCGCUCUCUCGCUUUCUCGCACGGUGGCGAGGCUCUCUCGCAGUGUGGCCCUCAAACGCGCGUGGAGUCGGCGGCUCGUGUGUGGUUGCUCCAGUAUUAGUGCGUAAGGUUACGCUCAAUCGCACCAUCGAAGUGAAAACUGAAGGAAGCGCACACCCAUCAUAAAUGCGCAAGAGCUUGAAGCGGCCGGUGAUUGUAUAGAAGCGCAGUUAAAAGUUCUCCGGCGGUGCAGUUCCAGUGCUUUGUGAACAGGAUGAGCCAAGCAGCUGAAGGGAGUGAUACCGGUAACGGUGUACCAUCGUCACCGAUAGCCAGAAGUGUGGCCGAGUCCAGUGCAACCCCUUGGCGUCCGAUGACGUUUCCGGACUUGCGUGGGUUCCCCGCCGCACAGCAGCUGUACGGUUUGCCGGUUCCGAUCGAUUUGAGCUUCCUACGCUCACCUGUCAGCAGUGAUGAGGGGGCAUCGGGACAGCCGUGGCAGCAGCAGCAGCAUGCCGACUUACCGUCCCAGGUAAUUACACCUCGGGCAGACGAGCUGGUGGAAGCCGAUGUCAGUGGUGCUCCAGUGGCUCCAAUGAGAAUUAAAUCCGCUGGGCUGGUCCCGAGAGGUAGUGGCGCCGUAGCGGUAGUGGAACCGUAUCAACACGAGACCGAGUCUGAUGAUGAAGCAAACGAACAAGACUCGUCGGAAUUGGACGACGUUAUGAUUCCCGCAUGUCCAACUACUAUUAGCGCACCGAUAUUUUUGCAACCCGAAAAUGAGGAAGCAAAUAUGACAGCAUUCAAUGGUGCUGCAUCGAUUGCUAACCCGCGCUGGCCACCGCUGCAUGAGCAUACGGAACAGCCCGACCAGCAACUAUCCGUCGAUGUUCCAAUCAUAGUUAAACUAAUCGGUAGAGCAGGAUCUUACGGUUCACUGUACGCGAUUUGGUACGCUCAAUUGGGAAGCCACGAUAUCAUGGAGCGUAUCCCGGAUUGCGUCAUAUUUGCCCCAGAGCUGGCACCGGAUCACCAGGGACCCCCACCGAUACUUACAUCGCUUUUGCUGCAACGCAGAAUGUCGACUGGCGAGCUGGUGACGGUUCCGUAUGGCCCGAAGCAGAUGCCUGGCCAUUCGAUUGAAUAGGAUGUGCCCACGAAAACGGUGCAGCUAUCGGUAAACCAAACCUACCCUUGUUUGUACCCUUAUUGGAGAAAGUGGACCAAUUUUGAGGAUUAAUUUUACUUUAAUACAAUGUAUUUUGGUAAAAAAUCAUUUAAACGUUAAACAUUUGUAUGACUACAUUUUGUACUAAUAUUUGAAGUCAAUAAAGAAAACAAUAUUUUUGAAGAGUUCAUACCGCAUAACAAAGACAUGAUAUAUGUUUCCUUUAUUCCUUCGGCAUACUCUCCCUAAAUGGUCGACUGUUUGCAUUAAACCACGUGCCGUCUUCAGUAUUAUACAAGCUUUUAUUCAUUGAACAUUGGAUUCAUUCCUGCGUAUUAAUGUGUAAUGAGUUCGAAUAGUUUUUCUAUGCUCAUUGUCUGGAUAAACUAACUGGCCCAAAUUUAAUCAAAUUUCUUUUUUUUUUGGUGAUCGGAAUUAGUGUUGUUGAAAAAUCUUAUCUUAAGCCCUCAUGCAAAUAUUUAUACAAUCAAUAAAUAUCCUAACUUUCCUCAGAUUUUGCUUGGUUGACCUUUGGCUUCCAUUUGCUGCAGGGUAUAU